AUGGCCCCGGACACCUUUGACCCUGACCCUGAGAAAAAGAUCCAACCGCAUGUGACAGCUGAACGCAUCGGAGACCAGAUUCCACACGAAUUGCUUGAGGAACUAGCUCCCAACGGCGAGGGAGAUUAUAUUCUUGGAAUAAUCAAUUCAAUGAGUGAGGAGGAAGCCAUAGCUAUCAUUCACGAGUCUCUUGAAUUCCAUGCUGAUGAUUGGAACUUUCCGUCUGAUAUGCGUGAGCGAAUGAAGCGACUAUUGCAAGGUCCGAAAUUAUACGGAGAAUUUUACGAGCGUGAUUUAAGAAUAGAUGCAACCAUGAUGCGAUACUCAUCGCCAUAUCCCGGAGUCCGUGCUGUUACAGACCCUAUGGACAACGCAGAUGUCCCUAUUGAAACCAUUCGCGCCUACUUUCUGGGAAUUGGUUGGGCCGUCAUUGGAACAUUCAUGGCCACUUUUUUCAACAGCAGAUUCCCUUCAAUCGGACUAUCCGGCUCAGUCAUUCAGAUAUUGUUGUUCCCCUGCGCAAAAUUCCUUGAAUUAGUUCUUCCCGACUGGGGUGUUACAGUUAUGGGGAUCCGCCACUCGUUAAACCCCGGUCCUUGGACUUUCAAAGAGCAAAUGUUUGCUACGAUCACUUUUAACAUUGCUAUCUACACUACAAACAGCUACACAAUGAUACUCGUCCAGAAAUCGUCCCUGUUUUACGGCGAAACCUUCAUCACAUUCGGGUAUCAGUUGAUGCUGACCCUGUUCGUCCAGCUCAUGGGAAUGGGAUUUGCUGGCUACCUACGGCGUUUCAGUGUAUACCCGGUGAAGGCAUUGUGGCCAACAGUUCUACCAAUAAUUGCCAUGAAUCGUGCCUUGACCAAGCCUGAAAUAAAGGAGAAUAUUUAUGGAUGGACAAUCUCUCGAUAUCGGUUCUUUUACACUGUGACGUUUUGCAUGAUACUGUACUACUGGUUGCCAGGGUAUCUGUUUACUGCUUUGUCCACCUUUAACUGGAUGACAUGGAUCUCGCCUCAAAAUGUCACUCUAGCAAUUCUUACAGGGUCAAUUACUGGUCUAGGGCUUUUUAACCCUAUUACGACAUUUGACUGGAAUGUGGCCACAUCAUCAUAUGCCGCUCUCGCCCAGCCAUUCUUUAGCACGUGUACAAUGUACUUUGGAAGUGUGCUCGGCGCUUUCAUCAUUCUCGGCAUCUACUAUUCCAAUAUGUACAACACUGCCUACCUGCCAAUCAACUCAUCCUCCGCCUUUGCAAACGAUGGUACAAGCUACAACGUCUCGAAGGUGGUUGUCAAUAACCAUCUCAACGAGACCCUGUAUCAAGGAUAUUCUCCGCCAUUCUAUUCGGCGGGAUAUAUUUUGACCGUUGGUGCUAAUUUUGCCUUUUACCCUGUUUACUUUUUGUACAUCAUGGGAAACCAGUGGAAGACGAUGAAGCAAGCGUACAUAGAUUUCUACCAGGGUCUUCGGCGCGGAAAGGGUAACUACGAAGGCGCCAUGGACGUACACAGCCGACUCAUGUCCAAAUAUAAGGAAGUACCAGAUUGGUGGUUUAUUUUGAUCCUCUUGGCGGCCCUCAUAGUGUCUAUUGUAUUCUUGCAAAUCUACCCGCUCGAUACUCCUGUGUGGGUUACCUUCUUGAUGAUCGGAAUCAACAUAGUCUUCGCUGUACCCCUGUCAUUUCUGUCCGCCACAACCGGUACAAAUUUAGGUCUGGGUUCCUUAAUCCAGAUCAUCACGGGAUUUGCAUUGCCUGAAAAUCCGAAUGCAUUUAUGUUCGCUCAAACACUUGGUUCUUGGGCUCUUGCCGGAUACGGAGACAACUACGUACAAGAUCAAAAAAUGGCACAUUAUUGCAAAAUAGCCCCUCGAGCUGUCUUUCGAAGCCAGAUUGGCACUAUCAUAAUUACCUGUUUCGUGGCUGUGGGGACGCAGGACUUUAUUCUUAACAACGUGCAGGGUCUGUGUACAUCUGACCAGCCUAGCCAUUUCACAUGUGCCGGAGAUGGCUAUCCUCUUUAUACUAGCAGUCUAAUGUGGGGUUUACUAGGCUCAAAUCGCAUGUUCAACUCUUUAUACCCCCUUUUCAAAUGGUGUUUCCUUAUUGGGUUUGCCGUUGCAUUGAUCUUUCUCGUCGGCCAGGGCUACGGGCCGAAAUAUCUCCCCGGUGUACGGGAAAAGCUUCGCCUGAGACUCCGACCCAACACUUUUGAGUUAUUAGAUCGAACACUCUUUCCAUUUGUAGCGUCGUUACUGUGGUUGAAUCCAAUUCUAAUCAUUCAAGGCAUUCAGCACUGGGCACCAUCAAACCUGUCGUACAAGACCCCGGGUUUGAUCUUGUCCUUUGUUUUCAUGUAUUGGCUCCCCCGACACCGACUUGCGUGGUGGGAAAAGUAUAACUACGUAUUGUCCGCUGCACUGACGGCUGGAGUGGCAAUAUGUGCGUUGAUUAUUUUCUUCGCCGUGGACUAUCAUCCAAGGUCAUUGUCGUGGUGGGGAAAUAAGGUAAGCUCUGGGGGCGUUGAUAGCAGCGGUGUGGGUAUUCUCUCUAUUCCUACCAGGGGAUAUUUUGGACCUGAGAAGGGGAUGUUUCCAUAG